AUGCGGUCCUUUAUCAACAAUCUUGGUCUUUUAUUUCUAUUCUUUUCUUUUUCUCAUUGUGCGGAUGUGUCAUGUCCGGAAUCUAUCACAAUUAAUACACCAACUGGAUCUUUUCCAACCGAUGGGCCAGCGUUUUUCCCCGCAAACUAUAGGUGUACAAUUGAAUUUAAAAUUCCCACUGGAAAAUAUGUCGAAAUCGGAACUAGGAAUAACCUUAAGUAUGGUGGGUUAACGAAUGAUACAUUGAUUAUUCAAGAUGCUGCGUCAACUCAAUAUAGAUAUUAUGUUCUCGACAAAGUUUUCUACGCUCCUGCAGACGUCGCUAAGUUGUUCAUAACAACGUAUUCAAUCACCUCAAACUUCUACAUCACUUGGAAAUAUCUUGAUGUUACUGGAUUCAAGAAAAAUCAGUAUCCAACAGGCACAAUCCUAUCGAUGAAUCUUACAGCCAACAACUACUAUCAAUUCACUUCUCCAAAAAGCCAAGUGGCAUUCCAUACUGGUUCCAUAGGAGGAGACAAUGAUUUAUCAAUCUAUAGAAUUUAUGUAUAUGAUGGAGAUGAUUUGAAUGCAAAGUUCCUCGGGAAUCUCUACCAGUUCACUUUGACAGAUAUGGUUUCCUCUGGAAAAUCUUUGACACUUGUCAAUUAUUUCAAUACCACUCUGCAUUCUUACGGUAUUGCAAACGACUACUCUGCAAUUUCCAACUAUGAUGGAUAUGGUUUUGUCGUUUUGUCCAGUUAUAUAGAUUACUUUAUGCAUGGGAAAUCAGUAGCUGGAAAAGAAACUGUAGUAACGGUCUUCUGCACAGAUUGCCGAUUCGCCUAUUUGAAUUAUAUCAGUUUCUUAAACUCGAGUGAUGCCGGACAAGAAGUUCGAGUCAGACCAAUGACUCCAACAGAUGGUUAUUAUGCUAAUCUGUUGACCUAUAAUGUUCAACGCCCAACCAACACCAGCCUACCACAACAAAUUGCUACAAAUUUAUUCACUCUUUCGUUGUAUCAAGCUGAAGCUUACGUCGGCAUCAUUACACGUUCUCAGGGUUGGUCCAAUGGUGCUCCUGGAAGAACUGGAACUAUUAUUUCGCCGUCGCUCUGGAGCCCAAAAACCGUUCUCACAGACUCGUAUUUUACAAACAUCACGACCUCCAGCACAUCACGAUUUGUGUUCAAUAUAAAUGCGAAGAAUACUGGAGAUAAGGUUGCAAUGGGAACUUAUAUGUCCAUUUCUUUUACUGGAUCAACUUCCGCAUCAUCAUUUAUUAUGGACUUCAGUAUUGAGGAGAGCAUAGAGACAUCUACAAAAGCAUCAGCUUCUUUGAUAACUUUCUCAGUGGUAACUCUGGUUUUGGUUAAUCUUUUAUGA